GAUAAUAUAAAAAGGAUAGCCAAAAGCAACUCUUUUAAGACUAUAUAACACAGAUAUAUAUAUCACCCUGUAUUCCUAAAUCAUGAAUAGACCUUGCAUUAGUGACACAGAGAUACGCACCGUGCAAGACGGUGUUUUCAAUGAUGUGCGCGAAGACGGCCGUACACUUCUGCAGCGGCGUCCGAUAGAAAUUUCUAUUGGCGCUCUUGACACUUUAAUAGGUUUUGAAGAGUUUAACGGCAGCGUCGUUGAGGUUAAUCUGAGCGGUACAAUCGUGAUGGCUGCCGCAAGCCCCUCUGUUGUAGAAGUAUGUGUAGAGGAGGCGGAAAAGGAAUCCGAUGAGACAAGUUUGCCCUCCCAAGGCUGUGGACAACUUUAUAUCUCUAUUGAUGCUGUGCCUUCUGUGCUCAAUUUUUACGCUUGCGCAGUUAGCAACAAUAGUACGAGACACCGUAGAGACUUUCUCUCGCACCUGGCACUUACCAUUCAAAAUGUGUUUGGUGCAGAGGGUGUGCAAGCACAGGAGCAAGGAGGAGUGGCUGAGCCUAAACCAGUAGACGCCGAUAAAUUUGGCGAAGCCGGCAACGGUAGAGGAAGCGAGGUUGAACCAUGUGAUGAGGAAGGGCCUAGUGAUGCGCCAGUGCAAACCGCUACGGUAGAGAAGAACACGAAUGGCAGUCGCAACCUAAACUGCGGCUUUCCGGCAAAGGAUCUUUAUAUUGGAAAGGGGUACGCCUUUCGUAUCGAUGUCGACGUCCAUGUGUUACAGGCAGCGGGUGGGAAUUUGCUCUCCGCUAUCGUUGUUGCUGUGCAUAGUGUGCUGCGUAAGAUUAAGCUCCCUUACGUAAACCUGUACCAAGUUACUUCAUCUCAGGUAACGGUGGAACUUGAUCAUAGCAAACCCUACGGACGACCGGUCAAUUGGAUGUCGCUACCACUUCUGGCUGUUUUGCUGUUGUCACCCACGCGACACUACGUGGUCGACCCACUGCCGCGUGAGGAGCUCGCGAUACCCCAGCAGCUUCACGUAGCCGCUAAUCGCGACGGGCAGCUGUGCUACAUGCAGUAUCAGCAGUACCCUUCCCGUCGGGGUAAUCCAUACAUGCUUGCAUCCUCAUCUGCAGCUAACACAGACACCUACUCAGCGACAAGUGAAAAGGCUUCACCGGAUGCAGGUAACUCAAAAAAGCGAAGUCGCGAAGGUGAAGAAGACAUUAGUGCAGUUCACCAGAAUGGCAUUUCUAAUUACUCCCAAAACCUGUUUGGAGUCCAUUUACCAGAUUGUAUGGCUGCUAUAGAAGAUGCAGUGCAUGUUUGUCAGGCUAUGAUCGCGGAGUGUGACGCAGCACUGGAAACAACAGCGGCACCAGAAUAGAGUAAUUUAGAGCAUUUACUCUUUAAAUUGUGCAGGUCAAGUAAGGAUGCGGUUAAUGGUUUAAAAAUGACUUAAAAAUUGAGUUCUCACUCAACCUUUGACUGACCUAACUCUAUACUCUUUCGUA